AACAGCAACAGCAACAGCAACAAAAACAUCACUCUAAAAAAGCCAUGAAUUUACAGCACGGUUUUCCGCUGCUAUGGCAGCAAUACACCGCGCUGUUGAAGAAGAACCUGCUGCUGUCAUGGCGGAACAAGCGGUCCACGUUCCUCCAGCUCUUCUCCUCCUUCUUCUUCAUCUUCCUCAUAUUCUGCAUCCAGAAAGCCAUAGAGGCUCGCUUCGCUUCCUCCACGUCUUUCCAGAGCGUCACCGACCCCGACGCCCUCGUCUCGCCGCCGAUCCCGCCUUGCGAGGACAAGUUCUACGUCAAGCUCCCUUGCUACGACUUCGUGUGGAGUGGAAAUGACAACGCUGUGGCUCGGGGAGUUGCUGCAAAGAUCAUGGCUAACAAUCCUGGCAGACCCAUUCCUCAGACAAAGGUUAAGUCAUUUAGAACACCAAGUGAUGUUGAUGCAUGGCUAAUGAGUGAUCCAAUGAGGUGUCCAGGAGCUUUGCAUUUUGCUCAAAGAAAUUCUACUGUGAUUAGCUACAGCAUACAGACUAAUUCAACUCCUGUUGCAGUGCGAGGCAAUUAUGAAGAUCCCACUUUUAAAUUUCAAAUACCACUUCAAAUUGCUGCAGAGCGCGAGAUUGCGAGAUAUCUGAUUGGAGAUUCAAACUUCAGCUGGAUUGUUGGAUUUAAGGAAUUUGCACACCCUGCAAUUGAUAGUUUCUCUGCAGUGGGUUCAGUAGGACCAGCUUUUUUCCUUGCAACAGCCAUGUUUGCUUUUGUGUUUCAAAUCAGUUCUUUGAUCACAGAGAAAGAACUUAAACUUCGCCAGGCAAUGUCUAUGAUGGGUCUUUAUGAUACUGCUUACUGGCUCUCAUGGCUCACAUGGGAGGGAACUCUUACGCUUCUCUCAUCACUUUUCAUAGUUCUCUUUGGGAUGAUGUUUCAGUUUGAUUUUUUCUUGCACAACAGUUUUCUAGUUGUGUACCUUGUGUUCUUUCUUUUCCAACUCAAUAUGAUUGGAUUUGCAUUCAUGUUGUCGGCCUUCAUUAGCAAGUCAACUGCAUCCACAACAGUGGGUUUCUCCAUAUUUAUUGUUGGAUUUUUGACUCAGCUUGUUACAGUAUUUGGAUUCCCCUACAGUGAUAGCUACAGUAAUACCUGGAGAUCUAUAUGGUCCUUAUUCCCACCUAAUCUUCUUGCUGAAGCUCUUACCCUGCUUGCUGGUGCAACCUCAACUCCUCAAGAUCCUGGGAUUAGCUGGAGUAAACGGAACCAGUGUGCACCAAAUGAUACAGAGUGUGUAAUGACCAUUAAUAAGAUAUACAUAUGGCUCAUUGCCACAUUCUUGGUGUGGUUUGUAUUGGCUAUCUACUUCGAUAAUAUUAUCCCAAAUGCAUCUGGUGUGAGAAAAUCAGUAUUUUACUUCCUAAACCCUGGGUACUGGACCGGAAAAGGUGGAAGCAAGGUGAAAGAGGGUGGAAUUUGUAAUUGCAUAGGUUCUGUCCCACAUCAUGAGCAUAUUACCCCAGAUGAUGAAGAUGUUCUCGAAGAGGAAAACAUAGUAAAAAAUCAAACAAGGGAAGGCGUGGUUGAUUCAAAUGUUGCAGUUCAGAUACGCGGUCUUGUAAAGACAUAUCCUGGAACUAGGGAUUGUAAUUGUUACUGUAGAUGCAAGAAGACUCCACCUUAUCAUGCCCUUAGGGGGCUAAUGGUGAAUUUUGAAAAGGAUCAGUUAUUUUGUCUUCUUGGACCUAAUGGAGCUGGAAAAACUACAGCAAUUAAUUGUUUGACAGGCAUUACCCCAGUGACUGGUGGAGAUGCAUUGAUUUAUGGACAUUCAAUCCGAAGCUCAGUUGGCAUGUCAAACAUUCGAAGAACUAUUGGAGUCUGUCCCCAGUUUGAUAUCCUUUGGGAUGCAUUGUCUGGUCAAGAGCACCUCCACCUCUUUGCUACUAUUAAAGGCCUACCCCGUGCUUCUAUCAAAUCGAUUGGUGAGAAGUCGUUGGCAGAAGUGAGACUCACUGAGGCUGCCAAAAUGAGAGCUGGGAGUUACAGUGGAGGAAUGAAACGUCGCCUCAGUGUUGCAAUAGCCCUUAUUGGUGAUCCAAAGUUAGUCAUUUUAGAUGAACCGACAACUGGUAUGGAUCCAAUAACAAGGAGGCAUGUAUGGGACAUUAUAAUGGAUGCAAAGAAAGGGCGUGCCAUUGUCCUUACAACACACUCAAUGGAAGAAGCUGACAUUUUAAGUGACCGCAUAGGAAUCAUGGCCAAGGGUAGGCUUCGCUGCAUUGGAACCUCAAUCAGGUUGAAGUCAAAGUUUGGCACUGGUUUCAUUGCUAAUGUUAGCUUCUCUGGAAUGAACAAUGGACAAACUCCUCAGAAUCGUUCUCCUCCCAAUGGGGCUGCAGUUUCUGCAACUCCUGACCAUGAGGAUGUGAAGCAGUUCUUUAAAGAUCAUUUGGAUGUAGAACCAAAAGAGGAGAAUAAAGCUUUUUUGACUUUUGUGAUUCCUCAUGAUAGAGAGAGUCUUUUGAAGAAAUUUUUCGAGGAGCUCCAAGAUAGACAAGGGGAAUUUGGUAUAUCUGACAUUCAACUUGGUCUUACAACCCUUGAAGAAGUUUUCUUGAAUAUUGCAAAGCAAGCAGAGCUAGAGAGUGCAGCAGCCGAAGGGAGGAUGGAAACUCUGACUUUAACAUCUGGAGCCUCAGUUCAGGUACCUAUAGGAGCUAGGUUUGUGGGGAUUCCAGGAACAGAAUCUGAAGAGAGACCUAGAGGAAUUAUGGUAGAAGUAUAUUGGGAGCAAGAUGAUUCUGGUGCCCUCUGCAUUUCUGGCCACUCGGACGAAAUUCCAUUGCCUCCAAAUGCUCAAACAAUGCCAGUAACAGGUUCUGGAAGAAAUUACUUAGGCCGGUCAGGACCAGUUCAUGGAAUUGUGAUUGAACCCAAUCAAAUUCAGUAAAAUACGUAUUAUCAUUGGUUCAUUUACUCCUGAGUUGUAUACAUAUGUUUUUGUGCAUUCUGUACAUUUAAGAGCUCCACGACUUGAAAGCAUUUUAGCCAUUUGUAUCAUGUAUACUAGGAUAUUGAAAAACCUUACAGGAUUUUGCUA